AUGCGCACUCAUUUCAUUGCUCAAGAACUGCAACAGACAACUGAGAGAACAUACCGUGAAAUUCUGACAACCAUCUGGAACGAGAUCAAGCCAGAAAGGCAAUCGUACCCAAACCUCCUCUCGAACAGAGUCAGGCGGAUGCUCGAAAGUGGAAAAUUCUCCAGAGUAGAAUUGAAUAAUAUCGAGCGGAGCACGAGACCUUUUGCCCCGGUUCCAGAGGAUGAUGACCAAAACACUGAAUGUUCACCAUCAGAAACACUCACACACCAAGAAACUGAUGUAAAUAAUGAAACGAGCCAGAAACGUAGCAAAAUCCAACAAAUCUUCGAGAGUAACUUUCAAAUGUACACAAGAAUUUCUCCUCAAGAAAGACCACAAAUACCGAGAUUAAAGGGCUCACGUAAAAUCCUUGAAAGUGUACAGAAUGUCAAUGAUAUAAUAGGAACCAUCCUCAGCAGCCAAUCCAAUCUGGACGAAACCACAGAUUGUGUAUACGCUGGAGCAAUCACCGUCUGUGAAGUGAACAAAAUACGACUCAGAAGUACAGAAUCAACGCCGAGAAGAGAGACAACACCACCCUGGAAAAUACGACUGGAGACAAAAAUAAAGAACAUCAGAAAAAAAAUUGGCAAACUACAUACUUACCUGCAAACAGACUCACCAACGAGAAAACUUCUCAAAUCCAUUCACCGCAUAUCAUCGGAGAUUCACAUUCAGGAAAGAGGCGUAAACUUCAGGCAGAAACUUCAAAUGGCCUGCGACACCCUGAAACAAAAGGUAAAAGCAUUAGGUAAUCGCUUAAAACGAUAUAAUGACAGGGUGAAAAGAUAUAAGAACAAUCAGUUAUACCAAAAAAAUCCCAAACAAUUCUUUAGAUCUCUUGAGGGUACCACAACAGCACAAGAAGAACCACCAACAGCUGAAAAUAUGCACAGAACCUGGAAACAAAUGAAGGGGAGCAUGAUGAUACGGCCUUCUGGAUCCGGGAGGCGGAACUAG